AACCCCUUGCAACCAACUAGCUUUCUUUUCUCUCAACUCAUUUUCCUCAGCUCAUCACCCAAAAAGAGAAGCAACUAAGAUUCUAAGGGAGCUAGAGAUUGAAAUGGCUGCGAAAUUGAAGAAGUGCAUGAUGCUAUGCUGCACUAGCAAACCUGUGGUAAUUAAUAUUAUUGUUCACUAUGCUCAAUAAGUUGGUCGAAUUUUAAUUCAACCCACCAAAAAUGGCAGUCUUAUUUUGUUCUUCUUCUCAACACUAUUUUUUUUAAUUAUUAAUUAUCACUACAUUACAAUAUUUCAGUAUUCCUAAUCAGUGGCGGAUCCAGGAACUAAAUAUCGUGGGGUCGAACGAAAUAAUAAUAGUACUAUUUAAAAUAAUUAUUUAAAUUAUUAUUUUUGUAAAUAUAUAUUUUAAUUUAUAUAAUUAUUCUGAGUACCGAUAGUAUGCAAAUAACAUGUAUAAUUUUUUUUGGGAUAUUGGCUCCUAAUAUUACAAAAAAUUUCAAAAAUUUAUUUUUCCCACGAACUUUGAACUUGACAUAUUAUAAUAUCACAAAUUUAAAUAGUUGUCGAAUUUUUCUCACCGGCGACAAAAUCUAAUUACUCCUACAUUAAAAUGAGAUGAAUAACCAAUCUAGCAUCUAGAGAUUUUGUAAUCACACACCACUAUUAUUUUUAAGUGGUAAUCAUAUCUUAUGUGAUGUAAUAACAAAUGAAAUGUAGCCGGGUUUUUUAGUUGGUGGAAAAAAUUCAAUAACUAUUUAAAUUUGUGAUAUUAUAUGCCAAGUUUAAUAUUUGUUGAAAAAACAAAUUUUUGGGAAAUUUCAAAAUACUUAGGUACCAAUAUCCCAAUUUUUUUUGUAACAUCCUAAGUUUUACAAAUGUAAAAAUAAUUUGAAUAUGAAUAUGAAUAUUAAUAUUGAAAAUUUUAAUUAUAAAAUCAAAAUUAGAAGAAAUUAAGAAGUAUUUAUUUUAUAUUUAUUGAAGUAUGUGUUUAAGUUAAAUAAAAUGGGAUAUUGAUAUAUAAAAAAUAAAUUUAACCUUAAAUGAAAUUAUUAGAUGAGACAUAUUUUCUAAAGAACUAAUACAAAUAAAGAAAGAAAAAUUCAAAGCCUAUUUUACAAUCAAAUACACAUAAUUCAAGAUAUUUAAUCUUGUAGUAGGAGUAUUAAUUUUAAUCAAAUACACGUAAUUCUAUAUGCUAUAGUAUUCAAUUAUAGCUUGCUAGGAGUAAAUAAUAAUACAGGGAAUAGAAAUCAAUAAUGAGCAGAAAGACUUUUUGUAUUCACCAUCUUCAACUUGUCUCCUCAACCACUGCGCAAAACCCAUUUCCGUUUCACUUUCUCAAACCUCUCCAUCUCUUCAUUCUCGACAACCGCCUCCCACUGCCUCACUUCUUUUCUCUAUGCUAGUCUCCUCAUAAUCUCACUGCGUUGGGUCGGAGGCUGAUGAAAGGAGCUUUCCAGUGGAACUCCGAGGCCGAUGGUGGGGUCGGCCGACCCCGCCCGACCCCACCUGGAUCCGCCGAUGUUCCUAAUGCUAGGACGUUAAUUUUUAUUUCUAAAUAUAUCAUCAAUGCUUCAGAAAAUAUUCUCAUUCUUAGUAUCCCAAUAUUUUAUCUUCAACUUAAGAAUACUCUCUUUUGCGUUCUAAACGGUGACUAUUUAUAAAAUUUUCUCAAUGCAGAUAGUUGCGUCUCUAUUUUCGUGUUCUUAAAAUAUUAAGGAGGUUUUUCUUGUAGUGUAUGUGUGUUGGUCAAUCACCUCUUGUAUUUUGUGUGUGAUUCAUCAUCAAGAUUAUUUAAUAAAACGAUACCUUAUAUACAUGGAAACAUUAAUCCUAAUUAACCACAAUUGAUGAUGCUAUAAUUAGAUGGAUGAAGAGUCAACGUUGCAUUUAGUGUGAAUGUGAUACUACAUGCUCAUCCUUCUGUGUUUUAUUUAUAAAUCUUCAAUCUAAAUUGGAAUAUAUACUCAAAAUUUCUAGAAUAUGAAAUUAUGAACUUUAUAAAUAAAUAAAAAAACCCAUGAAUUUUCAUUUUAUGAAGUCAUAAAUUUUACUACCAAUUAAGUAAUUCAAAAUGUCAAUGGUGGUGGAUAGAGUUUAAUUAUCAUUUUUUCGAUUAGUUAAAUUCUAGCACCAUCUAUGUAAAUGGACAAAUAAAAAUACUUAGUAUAAAAACUUUAUCUCUUGAUUGCAAAAUGUCCCACUGUAACAGGUACCCAAUCGCCAACUUAUUUGACUCUAUCCAAACGCCUACCAACCAAGAAUUGAUAUACUCGUAUAAUAUGGAGUAGUUAAUUGGGACUUUCAGCCAGCACCACUAUUCUUAUUUUAUUUGAUUAAUAGUACUAUAUUUUUUAAAUUUGGAAACACUUUAACAUAAAUUUUGAAAUAUAAUGAUCCCCUUACUAAAAAUAUGUGAUCCAUCUUCCCCACCGACGAUUUAUUUCACAUGUAAUAAUUCCUCCACCUCACACAUUUAAUAUCGCUUUCACAACCAAAAUAAUUGAAACAAUUCAAAUAAACAGCCUAAAAAACAAUUGAAAAUAAACAUCCAAGAUCAUGAGCAAUAAAUAAAAAUUAAUUUAAUUCGUUACACACCUUUUCCAAACUUGCAAUAGCUAGUCAACCUUAUUAAUUAAAUAGUUCUUAUACAUUAGUACUAUAAAUAAACACAAGAACCGAGCACAAAUCUGCAUUUCAGAGACAAACACAAAUCCAAUCUUUCAUUUUCGCAGCUUUAAUUUGUUUAUCAGAGGAUUCUUCAAAAGAAAGAGGAAAUGACGAAAGAGACAUGUGAGGAAGCCAUCGUUGCUCUCCAGAAGCUUCUUAGCGAGAAAAGUGAGCUGAAGGCGGUCGCCGCCGCGAAGGUGCGGCAGUUGACGGCGGAGUUGGUGGGGGCGCGUCAGAAUGUGGCAGUUAAAUCAGUUUCCGACCCGGUGGAGAUGAUUCGGGCCGGGUUUGAUCAUUUCAAGAAAGAGAAAUACCAGAAGGAUCCUGCCUUGUACUCCAAGCUAGCCGUUGGCCAAUCCCCAAAGUUUUUGGUGUUUGCAUGCUCGGAUUCCCGAGUUUGCCCUUCCCAUAUCCUAAACUUUCAACCAGGAGAGGCAUUUGUUGUCCGAAAUAUUGCCAACAUGGUCCCGCCCUUUGACAAGACAAAAUACUCGGGAGUUGGGGCAGCCAUUGAAUACGCAGUACUACAUCUCAAGGUGGAGAACAUUUUGGUGAUUGGUCACAGCUGUUGCGGAGGCAUCAAGGGCCUCAUGUCCAUUCCUAGUGAUGGCACAACUAAAAGUGAUUUCAUCGAAGAUUGGGUGAAGAUCUGCAAGAGUGCUAGGGUCCGAGUGGAAACCGAAUGCAAGAAUUUAAGCUUGGAAGAGCAAUGCAGCCAGCUAGAGAAGGAGGCUGUGAAUGUAUCACUUGGGAACUUGUUUAGCUAUCCAUUUGUGAGGGAAGCUGUUGUCAAGAAAACCUUACUGCUGAAGGGAGCACACUACGAUUUUGUGAAGGGAUCUUUUGAGCUUUGGGACCUCGACUCCACAUUGUCUCCUUCCAUUACAUUUCGAUUGUAAAAUAACACUAACUUCUCUAUAUUUUGAUUUUGUAAAAUCUUGUAUAAUUGACAUGUUUAAUAUAAUACUCUACUUUCACAGUCCA